GGCACCGCCCCCCCGCCCGCCGGGCGCCCGCGCCGCAGGAAGGAGCCGCCAGCCCCAGCCGCGCGGGCCUCAGCGUGCAGAUCCGCACCAUGCCCCGCAUAGAUGCAGACCUCAAGCUGGACUUCAAGGAUGUCCUGCUGCGACCCAAGCGGAGCAGCCUCAGGAGCCGCGCCGAGGUGGAUCUUGAGCGUACCUUCACGUUUCGAAACUCGAAGCAGACCUACUCAGGGAUUCCCAUCAUUGUGGCCAAUAUGGACACCGUGGGGACAUUCGAGAUGGCAGUGGUGAUGUCCCAGCACUCCAUGUUCACAGCAAUUCACAAGCACUACACCUUGGACGACUGGAAGCUCUUCGCAGCUCAUCACCCAGAGUGUCUGCAGCACGUCGCCGUGAGUUCGGGCAGCGGGAAGAGUGAUCUGGAAAAGAUGAGCGACAUCUUAGAAGCGGUGCCACAGGUCAAGUUCAUAUGCCUGGAUGUGGCCAACGGGUAUUCAGAACACUUUGUGGAGUUCGUGAAACUGGUGCGUGCCAGAUUUCCAGAACAUACCAUCAUGGCAGGGAACGUGGUAACAGGGGAGAUGGUCGAAGAGCUUAUUCUUUCUGGAGCAGACAUAAUCAAAGUCGGCGUUGGACCAGGUUCCGUGUGCACCACCCGCACCAAGACCGGAGUGGGCUACCCCCAGCUCAGCGCUGUGAUCGAAUGCGCUGACUCUGCCCAUGGCCUGAAGGGACACAUCAUCUCCGACGGAGGCUGCACGUGUCCAGGAGAUGUCGCCAAAGCCUUUGGCGCCGGCGCGGAUUUUGUCAUGCUGGGAGGGAUGUUUUCGGGCCACACGGAGUGUGCUGGAGAGGUGAUCGAGAAAAACGGGCAGAAGCUGAAGCUGUUCUACGGGAUGAGCUCCGACACGGCCAUGAAGAAGCACGCGGGGGGCGUCGCUGAAUACAGGGCCUCUGAGGGCAAGACUGUGGAAGUGCCUUACAAGGGGGAUGUAGAAAACACAAUUCUGGAUAUUCUUGGGGGACUGAGGUCUACCUGCACUUACGUGGGGGCCGCGAAGCUCAAAGAGCUCAGCAGGAGGGCGACAUUCAUCCGAGUGACCCAACAGCACAACACUGUGUUCAGCUAACCCUGAGGAUGAGGUGACGUCCCGCUCGAGGCAGCGUCCACGCACACCUGCUUGCCCACCGUCCUCGUGUUACAUCAGAGCUGCUGGCCGCUCCUGAAUGGUGGACUACUGCCUCCUGCUCCCCUCCCUGCCCCCUGGAGGCUUUGGGGCUCCCCUGGUGCCUUCGGGGGGCACUGGAAGCAGGGCAUUGACUGGGUCAGUGGUCAGAGCCCAGCUGCCUGGAACUCAUAACCUCAUUGUUAAAACUAACUCACCUUUUCCUUUCCUUUCCUUUCCUUUUCUUUUCUUCUCUUUCUUUUUAAAGAAAAAUGGUUUCACUUUAAUAUAAUGCAAUUAUCUUAAGACUUGGUGGAGUGCUGGAGUUUGCAUUUGCUGGAAACAAGUUGUCAGGGGAGCUGGGGGUUUCCUACCUUCUUCCCCUGCUUGGCCGUUAGCAGUUAAGGCAUGGCGGGAGGGGAGGAUAGGGGUGGCCGGGCCAGUCAGAGUCACUGGGCUCCCCUUUUCUGCUUUUGGUUGCCAGCAAAGGACCAAAGCACCUGACUAGACCCAUGAACUUGAAGAAGUGGUCCCCUUUUGGAUCUGAGGUAUGGUGACGUGUCUCCACCACCUGCAUUACACGUGCCUUUUGGAAUCAGGUGUCUGGCACUCUGGGGUCAAUGUUGCUUUGGGGAUACCGUCCCUCUCCUGGUUUUUCAGUGAGUUUUGUUUUCCCUCCUCUCUUCCCUCCUCAGUCCCAACCGGUCAGGUUGGCCUCUCUCUUAAAGAGAACAGACAUUAUUUUGAAGUUCACGAGAUGUUUUCUUCAAAGGCCAUCCACCAAAAAAUUGGCAAGUGGAAUCCUUCCUGAAAAACAGCCAAAACCUUGACCAGCAGUUUUCUACAAGUCAUUGGUUGAAAAUAGGAGUUAGAACUAGUCCCUUGUCAAGGCCAUUCAUACUUUUGAGGAAGGACCACAUGGUGUUCACUGACUGGUGACAAUGGUAUUUUCUUGGAGAAUGGACCCAUGGCCUUGGAGGAAUCCUGCUGCUGACUAUGCUUGUGAACAUGGAUUUAUUAAUGAUGACUGGCCACUGCUUCUGGAGUGUUCCUCGAGCAGUAGGACUGGAAAGUAUAUGCAGGCCAGGAUGUUUUGCUUUAUUUUCUUUUGAACGAGGCUUAAUGAAGCAGACACAAGAGUCCAUUUUCCUUGAAAAAGCAAAUGACUACCCUGGAGUAGAGAAGGGUCACGCGUGCUGCUGUUUAAGGACAAAUGAAUGGCCCGAGGCCUGUGGUGAACUGCCACCACAUCAAGGGUCCAUCCAGCCCAUAAUGUUCCAGGAGAGUCUAGGUCCGUUUGCUGGACCACUUAAAGGUCCAGCAAUGUGAACUCUGUUGUCACACUUUUACCCCCCUUCGAUCCACUGAAGAUAGUUCUUGUACUUGUGGAGACCUAAAUGGGCCAGCCUUUUGCGAUGAAGGGCUGGAGAAUGUUUAACAUAAGGAGAGGGAUGUGGGGUUUGCCUGGAGGCGCCCCCCUUCUCUGUUGGCUAGUCUGAGGUUUGAGGCACCUGUGGAAGAUAGUUUCUGCUUAAGUCCUUCAGUGUGUUGGUUUUAAGAGAUUCUCUGUUGCAAAAUAAGGGAGAGAAGGAAAGGAAAGGUCUUAAACCCAUUCCAAAUGCACCAGCCGUAGUAAGGGGGACUUUGAGGGCACACCCCUGCCUGAGCUCGGGCUGGCCCCCAGAGGGAGUGGUCUGGGAGGGGGACCCCCAGCAGCCCGCUGGAGGCUGUGCUCUUUUCAGAGACCUGUUGCCCGCUCCAUCCAGCUCGUGUACAGAUUGUGCAUCUUUGUUUCCACGAGCUGGAAGCAGGUCCUUGAGCUCACCUACUUUUUAGGGAAGUGAAUCACUUUGAAGCAGAGAUUUUUGCAAAAAAGCACCCCAAAAGCUCCAUUAUGCUUUGCUUUAGUCAGUUCAUCUCUGCCUCCCAUGUUCAGGGGUGCAGGGGAGCCCCGUGCUGGGGGCGCCUUCAGACCUGGUAUCAGGCAGGAUACCUGAGUGUCUGCUGCAACUUGCAAGCCUUCCUGUGCAGGAGUCGGGGUGGGGGCGGGGUCUGUGAAUGAGAUGCCCUUCACCUUAGCAGCACCUGCAUGGUGCACCUUUCUUCAGCACUGACAUUCACAGCACUCAGGACUUCAACUCUGAGUCCCAAGAGGAGAGUCGGGGCGAGAUGUCCCCAGACGCUCACCAGGAAGGCAGCAAAAGGAAAGGCAUCACCCCCGCCGCCCUGGGCUCAGAGGAAACUCUGAAUUUGACCCCGAGAAUUCCCUUCCACCUCCGCAGCAUCUUAAGGCUGGAAGGAUCCUAUGGCCACAUGCACAGAGGGGGCAGAGGGGUUCCCGUGCCUGGGUCCUGGGAGGAUUACUUCGUGGGGCAACGGCUGAGUGGGCACCGUGAACGCCCCCAAUGCUGUACCCUUGAGACAAAUAGACUCCCCCCAUGUGCAUGCAGGGAGGCCCCUGGCUUGUGGAAUUUCUGUCAGGCACAAACUGAAGGAACUUUCCUCUGCAAUUAGACCCAGAACCAGCGUAUAGCAACAUUGUUCCAGAAUGUUAUCGAUGACGCUACAGGAGUCCCAUGAAGCUGCCAAAUGCUGUUCAGAAACAAAUCUCUCUUGUCAACAGCAUGGUUCAGAUAGAAAUAAAACACGAACUGAGUAAGUCGAAA